AUGCAUGAGCUUGGUCGCGGAGGAGGUUGAUCUGACCCUGUACUGAAGGCGGGGAGUGUCCGGGCCUCAGCGGAGCUGUUGGUGGUGAUUGGAAUGGCUAGUGGCGCUAUGUUGCGUGGCAUUCCGCGCUCCAUGUGUACCGUCUACCGGCGAGCCAUUGUGACAUUGGGCCAUGCCGAUCAGCCCUCAAGAGCUACCGCGGCAGGCCCCGCCUGCACCAGUCGUUUGGCGGACAUGCCUCGGCCCGCACGCCGCCACGAAGCAGCCGGGCUAAAGACUACGGGGGUUGAGCAACUUGCACCAUCUCCCUUUGCUCGCGCUUCCUGGAUGUGUUCAAAUCAAGAUAGGUCCAAGCAAGACGAGCCCAUCGUCCUCCUCGCCCACAUGGGCCACUCGAGGACAGUCAUGACGGACUGCGGAGUUGUCGGGGAGGAGAGUGAGCGGCGGCCGCGAGAUCGGGCCUGGUCCGCCCGUACGAGUGCGUGCAGUGCAUGCCAUGUCGCAAGUCCCCAACCAUGCACCGACGACCAUGCACCGAGGGUACCGACUCAGCCGACGUCACCCUGUCCGCGACACGGCGACGUCCCAUCGCACGACUGCCAAUCGCUGCAUCGCUGCCCACCGGCAUGGCGACUUCGUCAGCCACACGUGAUGGUGACGAUUGGUGACAACCCGUGACUACCUUUUCCCGAGAUCCAAAGGACGGCAUGUACAAUGUGAUGAAUGAUAUGAGCAAAGCGGGUUGACCGCUUUUCGACGCAUGCUAUGUGUGAUCUGUUAUC